GACUGAUUUACAUUGCCCUUGAGUGGACGGAAAGGUAGAAAGAGAAAAAUGCGGUCUUGGCCAAGCCCAGUGGGCUAUUGGUGCCCCUCACUGUCAUAAUUUUCUUGAUGUCCAGAAACCGGAAGUCCUCCUUGCCGGUCUUUCCAUGUGCUAAAGCUCGGAAGGUGUCGGAAAAUGCUCUGCCAAGCAGUCUAAAGGCAGUCGAAGAUCAGCUAAAGAUAUGUGGCCACAAGAGGGAUCUUGACGUCUUGGAGCUGUUCCUCUCUAAAAAGGGACUGACAGAAGUUGUUGAUCUUUCUAGAUUUAAAAAAUUAAGAUAUUUGUGGCUCCACCAUAAUAAGUGUUAUAGAGCCAGUGAGAUGACUCUGGGGUAAAGGCACCUGCCACCAAGCCUGAUGAUCUGAGCUCAAUUCCCAGGACCUACACUGUGGAAGGAGAAAAACAAGUUGUCCCCUGACCACCACACGAGCACCCAUAUAGCUACAUGGAAUAUCAUUUUUAACUCGAAACUAUUGUCUGACUGAGCUGUAUCUGAACAACAAUGCAAUAUUUGAGAUAGAAGGCCUGCAUAAUUUGCCUUCACUGAAUAUUCUUCUGUUGCACCACAAUGAGCUGACAAACAUCGAUGCUACUAUGAAGGAGCUAAAGGAAAUGCAGAAUCUGAAGAUCCUAAGUCUGUACCAAAACCCUUUAUCCCAAUAUAACCUCUACCGUUUGUAUAUAAUCUACCACCUUCCGGGACUGGAGCUGCUUGAUCGGAAGCAAAUUACAGAGAAAGAGAGGAGGCUGAUGAUUACCAUUUUUAACCAUAAAAAAGCUCACGUCACUCAAUCAGUAGCAUUCGGAAAAAGAGUAGAUGCCUCAUGGAACCCCAAGUUACCAAUAAAGCAAAAGCGAGUCAAAAAACUUCCCUCAGAUUUUGCAUUUGGGGAUAGUGUUGACAAGACCUUGUUUGAUGACCCUGAAGACGCUGUGUUUGUAAGAUCCACAAAGAGAUCCCUGAUGUCCUUUACCUCCAUGAAUUGGGACACCGUUCUAACACAAAGUGAAAAGUUUGAAAGGAAGAAAAAAAAUGCCAUGCCUGAGAUGCUCGUGAUUUCCCUUCGGUAACAGCACUUCCGGAAAUCUCGGUGUUGCUCUCUUACAUGUUAAAACACUCCCGCAAUUUGUCUCCUUAUACAUUUGUUGCUACCUGAAGUUUUAAAAUAGAAGAAUCAGUGGCAAAACGUAUUUCCUACACUAUAAGUUUCAUAAUGCAAAAAGUUUGUAUGAGUUACCCAUGUGUAAAAAAUAAAGCCAUUUUUUUCCUCCCAGCCAUUUACCCCC